AGUUUGCGUCCGGAUAACUUCCCCCGUUUAAAUCGUGUGAACCAUCCUGGUGGAGUACCGAACAGUGUUGCAAAGGCAACUCAGCCUUCGUCAGUGGCAGCGUCAUCUUCUGGAGCACCUUCGUCUUCACGUGCUCUUCAGAAAAAUCCCUCAUCAGUCCAAUCUUCGAAUCAGCGUCAGGGCGUAGACGACUUUCCUGCUCUACCAACAGCGCAAAAGCAGGGUCAGGCAAGUUCUGCAUGGGUUGGCAAGAAAAGUUCCAAGUCUGUCAUCGUUGGUUGUAAGAUGCCAAAUAGGACUUUGCCACAACCUGACGUAUGGCCGGAAAUAUCAACCACAACGCCAGCCAGAGAAAUAGAACCGGAGCAAUGGCAAGAG